AUGGCGAAAGCGGAGGAAGCAGCCCCUUCCCGCACGCGCCGCCCCGGUCUCCCGCCUACUGGCCUCGGCCCCCCGGGGCCAGGACGCCCGAGUCUCGGGAGAGUGAGUCCGGAAAAACGGGCGUCGGGACCUCGUCCGCGGCUCCCCUCCCCUGGGCGGGUCCAGGUGGCCCUCGGCCAGGAAGGACCAGCACCGCGGGACCGGGCCGGGGAAGGGCGCCUCCCGGCAGCCACGUUCUCACCGCCGUGGGAGCCCCGGGAAGACCCCGGGACGCGCCAGAGACCCCGGGUCUCCCUGCCCCGAACCCGGGGUGCGGACCCGCACCUGCGUCUCCCAGGCCGCCCCCGUGGACACGUGCGGGCUGCCCCGCGCUCUGACCCAGCGCCGGCUUCAGGGAACUUUCCGGGGUCCGGCCGCGGCGCAGGGCCGCGAAGUUGCUGCGCACCGCGGAGUCGCCCGCCCAGCCCCGGGCUCCCACCUCCGCCUGCCGGGUGCCCGCGCCGGCCCCUGGGGACGCCCGCAGGCCGGCGGGCGCGGGUCCGGGCCCGGGCUCAGCCCCCAGUCUCCAGGCGACUCUCCCGGCCCACCCCACCCCCACCCUUUAGAGGCGCGCGGCGCCCAAGUUUUCUCCCGCGGGAAAGCGAGAGUCGAGAGGAGAAAGUCCGGGCGUCCGGGCUACCCAGCCCCUGGGGCAGGAGCUCCGCACCCGCCAUCGCGGGACACCCCACACCUCGGGCCCCCGCGUCCCUCGCUGGCCUGCGGGGCCAAGUCUACUUACGAAAGGGGGCGGCGCAGCCCCGAACGCAAGGUCCCGGAGGCUGCAGAAGCCGCCCCUGUGGGGACCCAGAGCUGCGCUCCGGCCUCCCGGCCCCUCUGUGGCGGCGGCUUCCUCCCGCCUCCUCCUCCUCCUCCGCCACUUCGGCGGCGCGCCCUUCAAGGGAGUUGCUUUCCCUCGGCCGUGGGUGGGAGAGCGCCGAGCGGCCCCCGUGA